CGUAUAGACAGACCCAAUAGACCUACAUCUUAUCAAAUCUAAUGAAGUCGCACUACGUGAGAGCAUGCAUGUGGGUUAGGUAGAUUAUAAAAUAGACAGGUAAAAGUCCACUAAAAUUUAAUUGAACGGUAGUGUAGUGAUUUUUAUUCGCAAACUACUACGACACGUGGUCUAGUUUUGCCGUCCGACCAUCGUUUAUUGUGCUUCGUUGUACAAAUUAAUGAUAACAAUGGAAUGAAAUUCGUUAUAGACUCAUUAGGUAGGUGAGGUCAGGUUGGGCGUACAAGGAACAGUGCUAUCUCAGUUUGUUCAGGCGGUUCUCCGCUGGAUUAUUCGAUUAGCGUGUGUUUCUUUAUGAGCUUUCCCCUAUCCAGCAUCUACGACAAGAGUUUUCUACUUCAAACGCGUACGAAAUGGUGACCCGACCCACUCCAGAUACGGCUAAGUCGACGCACAUCUUGGCCGCUGCAUUGGCGUUACUCUGGCUGACAGCCGCAGGAUACAGUCAAGACGCGGUAGUGGACACAUCUUUGUUGUACUCGCAAGCAACGUCAAUCAAAGGUAAAGUCUUAAACACUAAUUCCGAAGAGUAUAAUGAAUCUAUACGGCCAAUGCUAACUAGUUCUAUGGGGUACGUGAGUUUCGAUUUCGAUGCUCAUGACCGCUACAUUUAUUAUACGGAAGUUCUUGAUGAUAGCGUCAUCUAUAAGAUACACAUAAACGAGAUGGAUAGAGAAAUUGUAUUAUCCUCUGAGGCCGAGAGAGUGGUUCAUCUUUCCGUCGAUUGGGUGACAAAAAACCUAUACUAUAUUGAUGCCAUAGAAGGUACUUUGAACGUGUUAAGCACCCGCAACGUGACCAACAAAAGAGUGUUAUUGCAGAACUUCCGCAUCGGACGACCUGUUCUCCACCCUAACAAGGGAUACAUAUUCUUUUCUGAAAAUGGAGUGAGCCGUGUGAACAUGGAUGGUUCAAAUCUGAUCAAUUUUAAAUACCCGUCUUCCCAUUUCAAAAAAGGAUUGGCUGUAGAUUUUGCGAUGGACCGACUAUAUUGGUGCGACGAACAUGAUUCCGUAGUUUAUCAUUCAAAUUUGGACCUCACUGAUGUGAUAUCUAUCAAAUCGAAGUGGAUAAAUGAGCCACGGUUAAUAGCCACACAUAAAGAUUGGAUGUACAUCAUCAAUAAUUCUGGGAGUAACUCUAUAAUUAAAUUACACAAGCUGACCGGUGUUUUGGCCGACAUCGAGCCCAUCGAGGUCCAGGGCCAAGACAAUGGCGAUGCUGAGCUGUACAACCUGAAAAUUUACAGCAAACACGAACAACUCAUCGACAACACGCAUCCGUGCUCGAUGGAGGCGAACUACGGUGGUUGUCAGAAACUGUGCUUUGCGGUGCCCUCCAAUAAGUCAAUCACUUCGUCCCUCCAGGCGAUAUGCGGCUGUCUGAUCGGCGAGAAAGUUGAUUCGGACGGUAAGACGUGCGUGGGUGAAUCGAAAGCUCUGACCGAUUUGAAAGCAAUGACCGAUUCGAAAGCCACGGUGGAUUCGAAAGCCGUGGUCGAUGUUAACGCAGAAAUCGAAUCUGUAUCGGGAGGCGCCUCAAGACACAUUCAAUAUCGUUAUUUAACUACUGUUUGUUUUGUGCUAGUAUACCUAUUUACCAUUUAGUCAAGGAUUGAUUUAAACAUAAUCCAUAUAUAAAAAAAAAUAAUAAUUAAUAAAAAAUAUUUUAUUUUUUAUAGUACAGCUAGGUUUCAGAAUAUAAAUACUGUAGCAGUGAAAAGGUUAAUAUGAAAAUUAUAUUGUUCCUUUGAUUAUUGCAAACUGUAGUAAAAUAAUUAAAUCCAAUAUAGUAUCUAUUAUUAUUACUAUUUAUUUGAGUGGUAAAUGUAUUGUGAUAACUCAAAUGUUUAACUAGGUAUAUUUAUUAUGUUUAUACCAACCGAAUUUUUUUUUAAAUAAAGUGUGUUUUAUAUUUA